UUUGGACCAUGUUUGCAAAGUUCUCUCUUAUUUAAUUUGUUUAUUUAAACUAAAUCCACAGACGAUGCUGGCCAUAAGCCAGAUUAGGAAAGAAUUAUUGAUGGCAGAAACCGAGUUUGGUCAUUCUAUUGAAAACAAGAGAAUGCUGGUUCUGUCUUUGGGCACGGGUGGGGCAAAGUAUGCAGAGAAGUAUACAGCACCCGCAGCCUCAAAGUGGGGUUUGCUUAAUUGGCUAUAUACCAAUGGCGGAACUCCAUUGUUCGACGUAUAUGGCGACGCAGGUGCUGAUGUAGUCGACAUUCAUGUGUCCACCCUCUUCCAAGCCCUUCGUUGCAAGGACAAAUACCUUCGUAUUCAGGAUGACACAUUAACUGGAGAUGCCUCAUCAAUUGAUGUUGCUAGCACGGAGAACUUGCAAAGCCUUGUGGAGGUUGGGAAGGAGCUAUUGAAGAAGCCAGUGUCAAGAGUCAAUUUGGAAACUGGCAGGUUUGAGAAAAUUGAGGGCGAGGGUACUAAUGAAAAAGCUCUUGCCAACUUUGCCAAACUGCUUGUGGAGGAGAGGAAGUUCCGGCAAAACCAAUGAUAAUCGUUACGAAGGAAUAUUAUUUUAGCUUGAGAACUUUAUGCAGAGUCCCACAUUCGUAGACGUGGACUUUAGCAUGAAUUUAUGUACUAGUUAUG